AUGAAGCCGCGCUGCGAGUGCAGGGUCCCGCAGCGCCGGCACAGCAGGAUCUCACAGCUCGGACACAUCGGCCCCGAGCGCUGCACGGCCCCCAGCGAGCACGGCUCCUCCCCGGCCACCUUCGGCCGCCGCCAGCCUGGCCGGGCCAAACACCUCCGCUUGUCGUCUGUUCCAGCUUCUGCCCAGGGUCCCAGCGGUGCUGCAGGGGCUGCAGGGCCCCCUCCUGCCACCAACGUGUCCAGCAACAAGAGGCUGCAGCAGACACAAGCCCAGGUGGACGAGGUGGUGGACAUCAUGAGGAUGAACGUGGACAAGGUGCUGGAGAGGGACCAGAAGCUGUCAGAGCUCGACAACCGGGCAGAUGCAUUGCAAGCAGGUGCCUCACAGUUUGAGACCAGUGCAGCCAAACUGAAGAGGAAAUACUGGUGGAAAAAUUGCAAGAUGAUGAUCAUCCUUGGUGUAGUAUGCGCAGUCAUUCUCAUUAUAAUUAUAAUUUAUUUCUCCACUUGAAAAAGCAAAGAAGGAAGACUUGGCACAACUUUGUUCAUAUCAACCGACGAUAUCAGUGUUCCUUUGUUGAACUCCGCUUUUUAAUUCCCGGUGUCUUGGGAUUUUUGCUUGUAAUAACCCAUAAGCAUUCAGUGUGGUGUAUUUUGGAAUUCUGUUGUUUCCACAAGAAACUGUACCAGCUAAAUACUGCCAAGUAGUUCCAUACACUGUCUAAUCACUGUGUCUUAAAAUGUGUACGCACUGACCUUCAGAAACUGUAGUAUAUGAAAAGCAUCCUAAAACAUCUCAGAAUCAGAGAAAGCAGCUGUGGGGAAGCUCCUGUUUAAAGGGACACUGUCAGGUGGAUUGGGCCUAAAUCUAAGGUUGCAGCAAACAUUAGGACCAAAAUUCUCAACCUGAGCUCCUAAAGUUGGAUGGCAAAAUCCAUUGCCAGAUGUAUCUGUUACUCCCAUUGAAGACAGUGAUACCUAUAAGUAUUCCUGUAAGAUAUAAUAUUUUAAUUUAGCCA